AAAUUCGUCUGCUAUGAUACUCGGCGAGAUUGUAAUCAAAAUGGCGUCUUCCAUGAUAGGUUUUCCGGUUGGCAAGGAUUAGUGCGCCUUAAUAACCUAAAUUGAACACCAUGGUGUCGCUCGACGUGGCCUGGAACUGUCGUCAUCUAAAACCUCCCGCUGAACAUCUCCAGAGGGUGGCCACCAGUUGGGGCAUCACAGCCAAUGUGGACAGGACCGUUGAGGUUUUGUCCAGUGCAGUGGACAUCAUGAUGGACCUUGAAUUCCUGGCCUCUGAACUCUUCGUCCUGUCACGCUUUCUUGUCAAACGAAGAAACCAGAUGCGGAGGCACAAAACUUUACAAACACUGUCCCAGGUUGAGGGCUGUCUGAAGCGCUACCAGGAAACAGACUUCGUUGGACUUGUCUGCAAAAUGCACGAACAUUUUAAACAAGCAAGACUAUCCCAGCAGACUGGCAAGGUAGUUGAGCUGCCAACACAUACCAUGUUGGAGUACUUCCUGGUGCGAGUGGUGGGAACUGCAGCAGUGCUAGUACAGACCGUCAACUACUGCAUCACAGCAACAGCGGCUCUACAGACGGACAUCAACCUGGCACAUCUACUCCCUCAGUCUACAAUGUGUCUGGCCACCAUCAGCAGAAUCUGGGUAUGCUGCCGGAGUCUCUACCUUGACUGCUUAUCAUGGUACAGCAGCCUCUUCCCAACACUCGCUGUGCUGCCACGAGGAGAAUUCUGGUUAUCUCAGACUACACCCCUGCCUGAAGAUCUGACAUUCUGGCUGGGUAAAAGACUAUGUCUGGACAACAUGGCAGUAGACCCACCAUCUACUGGUUACCAACUGUCUCACAGCCUGGUCCUCCCACCCAUGUCACUUGGUGAAGAUGAGGAAGAACCUGCUGAAGAUACCAGUAAUCCUCUGAAGAGAAGCUUGAUUGUAGAGGAAGAUAUCGGAGCACCUGUCAGUGUUUCCAGAGUAAAGAUUAGUGACACUGUUCAGAGGAUGAGUGAUACUGUUCCACAUAAGAAGAAAAAGAAAAGUACCAAACACUGCAGUGAAACAGUCGGCACAAAUUUGUUCAACUCAGGCCAGGGUGAGGAUGUGAGGAUGACUGAUAAGUUAUUGCCAGUUGUGAGUGAACCUUCAUUGUCAGACCCAGUCUCUGCAGCACAACUGCCAACCAUAAAGAAAGAACCAGCACCAAGGUAUGGAAAUGCAGUGGUUGAUGUGCCCAUCAUUAAAGAUGAACCCUCUACAACUCACUCAGGCUCACCAUGGCGACCUCAGUGGUCUUCAGUAAAGGCCAUAAAGAGAAUUGUUCAUCAAUCAAACACAUGUAACACAGUACUGAACAUUUUUAAAGAGUUUGAACCGAAAGACUCCAUUAAUGAUAAGAGCAUUUGGGAUGAAUAUCCUAAAUUUAGUUACACAGACAAAUGUCAGUUGUUCCAUAACAAAUUAGACGUAAUUAAGACAUGUUGCCGUCAAGCUGAUGGUGAAGGUCUGUCUGGUGGUGGCCAGGAAGAGUGGCUGAACGUUGCUAAACAUCAGUGUUUCACAUAUCUCAAGGGUCUGAAUGCUUUCAACAAACAACACGUGUCACUGAUGAUGACAUUGGAGGGACUGCAGGAGAUGACAGGUGAACUUUCUACAGGGCAACUGACACUGGGAGAGCAAACAUGGAAGUUGAAUCCACGUGAUGCUCGUGUCCUAAAGACGAAGCUGGAGAGUUGUUUGAGGAAGAUGCGGAAGGUAAAGCAACCAGCCAAGUGGAAGCCCUUACAGAAUAAGGCUCGAUAUCAGGUGAUGAGCUAUAUCAGGCUUUCUGUGGCCAACAAAGAUCUGAAAACAGAGGCCACAGAUGAUGGUGUGAGGGACAGUAAUGUAGCAUGUGCUGGGCCAUCCAUGCCUACACGGCAGCAGUUAAAUGUGCUUCCAGCACAAAGUGUAUCAAGCACCUCCAACAGGAAUGAUAACUGUGUCCAGUCGUAUAUCAGAAACACAUGCUUGUUGGAGGAGACUGACCGAGGCCAUGUUCCUGUAACACAGAAGUCAAAGAAAAAGAAAAAGAAAAGAAAAAGGCCUCGACCAACAAAAGUAUCUAGAGCUUGAAGUAUACUUCAUGCAAGUUAAUGUAUAGAACAAGUUCCUAUGGUAAACAACUGGGUGGAUCAAAGGCAAGGGUCUCAUUCAAGAAAACAGUUUAUACAUUAUGUCUUAAGAUUUGGGCAGGUUUUCUUCAUGUGCCUGCAGGAAGGAUGUGGAUGAAUCAGCCAUAGGCUUUGUAUUUAUGUUACAUCUUGGAGUCAUUAUCAACGAGUGUCACCUACAGACAUUAUAUUGACUGCUCUGAAGCAUUGUUUACAAAUGAUAUCAAAUAUAAACCAGACCUUACUCUGCUCUGAUAGCCUUAUUCCACAAGAGAAGUUCCCAUAGUCUGUUUGGCUCAAAAGCGGACCGAUGAAUUGCAAUCUAACUCGAAAA